AUGCGACCGGCUCUUCUUCGAUUGUUGAAGAGGCCCUCCGCCGUCUCGAUCCUCGAUACCCUCGCCGCGACCUCUGUGGGAAUCGAGCAGUUGGAGUGUGAUUACGCGCGCUUGAGGUUUCAGCCGCGAUGUUUGAGAUACCAGUCGACUGUCGGUGACACUGAUUCUUGUACGACCGAGACGAGACACGGGAAAUGGCCGCGAACGGUCAGCGAGAAGCGGCGGUUGAGCUUUUCUACCCACGAAAUUGAGGCGAAAGCGCCAUCGGACGAAACACUUAAUAACCUCCCUUCAAAUCCAACAACAAUACAUAAUUCUGGCGCAAAGACGUUGCGACUACAUCCAGAUCGUCUCGAAUUCGAGUCCGACGUCGGUCACAUCAAUGACAUUGGGACACGUCUAAUCGAUCAACCAGAAAAUGCAAAUGACUUUGAGCUAUGGGAAGAGCUUCUUCGGUAUCGCCAACGGCAUUAUGGGGAUAAAGGCACACAAGAUAUUUGGGAGGGGUUGACGGUGCGCCUGCAGGGCGUCCAAUUGCCUGUCAGUGGAGAGCGGGCAGAUUUCUUCUGGCGAAGUUUUGUGGAAUUCGGCCUCAGAAGAGAAAUAUACCUUGGGGAUGUCAUUCAAUACGCGAUCAGCCUUCACCAGCGUGACGGCCGAACAUGGUCACAAUUAUACGAGGCGGUGGUGGGAGGACUUUUGGAUCGAGGCAGGACAAGACAGGCCACGGCAUUGCAUCGAUGGCUGCAGAAGUCGGGAAUCGCCCAACCGAAUGACCUGGUGCGAGUAUUGAAGCCAGCUUUCGAUCCGGCUUGUCUGCCCGUCUCUUCGGAACCGGUGAAUUUGGUGGCAGCACAGCGACGAACAAUCACUCUUGGACUUAGAGCGUUCAAGGAGAUGUGUCGUACAGCACCAGGACAUAAGAUCUAUGGACCCGUCGUCUCCACUCUGGCACAGCAUGGAUACGGUGAAAAUGCGUUACGGAUGCAUAAUUUUUUGGUCAAGCACGAUGACCAUCCACAGACGGCGGACGAGAUGAUGGAUAUCCUGGAUUAUGUCAAGAAGUAUGGCAGUCGGGACGAAUUCGGCGCACUGCAAACCUACGCCAAGGAAAGAUGUCUCGAUACAGCCAAUGGAGAUGGACAAGGCCUCCACAGUUCAAGUUCCGCGGGGAGGCGUACGAAUCCUCCGGAGGGGAGAUUUAAUGACGACAUCGGGGCCAAGUUAAUAUCUACCCGGGCAUUCAACUUCGACAUUGUCCAGGGGACCCUCAAGAUGCUUGGUGUGUCAGCAGUCGGGCCGCGGACCUUACGAGAAGUUGCCAUCAGAUCGAAUGGUAGCAAGGAUAUCCUUGACAAGAUGAACCGAUUCCGGACAGCUGGAAUUUCAAUUCAAGACUGCGUCUUUGUGCGGCUGGUUGAGAAGCUUGCGAAGCAGAACCGCGAUAUUGUGCUGUCCGAUCUACUGCAUAGUGACCAGCACCCGGACGUCCUCGAAGACGCGCAAAUACAGGAAGCUUUCCUGGCCUCGCACUACAUGACCCAGGACUGGCGCCAAUAUAAUUUGUCGCAGGCGGUCUUGACGGAACUCUUUCCGAGCUCUCCGGGUCUCUGGGAUAUUCACUUCCGCAAACACAUCGCCGUGGGCGAAUAUGAUGCCGCCUCCAAAGUCGUGGACGAAAUUGCUGUUCAUGGCCAGAGAUUAAGCGAGGAGAGUGUCGACUUUAUGGCCGAGAAGGUUCUAACUGCCCGUCAACUGACAAAGGCCCCUUCACCCGGAAAGCACCUCUCCGCCCGGAACGAGGUGAUGUUCGUCUUCCGGGUUCUCGAACGCGUAGUUCCCGCUGGCGGCUACAUCAGUGCGGCGUUUUGGGUUGAGCUGCUGAAACGGCUGGGUAUGAACAACAACUGGCGCGAACUCUCCGAAGUAUGCCACUGGCUGGUCCGUUGGUACUCAUUCACCCCCGGAUCAAAAUCCAAGCUCUCCGCGACAUCUUUCGCCAAAGACCAGCCCGCAGGACGGGACGGCCGGAUCCUCAAUCAGAUCUUCAGCCAGCGAAUGCAAGCAGCCAUCGUCACCUGGGGAUUCCGCUCCCCACUCCAGGACCAUGUCGUGGGCAAGCACGUCUACCAGCACCCAAACUCCGGCCAGAAAUUCAUCCCCUGGAUCCGCGGGAUCGCGCUGCUUCGUCAAUUGCGCGACGCAGGCCUACAAGUGAACACAGGCUGGGUCCGACAAGCCACCCGCCACCGGCUUGCUAUCCUCUUCAGCCAAUAUACCCCUUCAGCCAAACCCCUGAACCGGACACUACGGCGCUGGUGCCCCUUUACGCCACAAGAAGUCGUCGCGGACGUCGACCGUGCCUGGGGCGAACCACUGUUCGACGGGGCUGAAAACUCCAGACCCAAAUGGCUGGUGAAUCCGACCCGCACGCAAAGUAGUCGACGACGCGCCUCGGGCGUUGUGCUUUCCCGGACUGAACUUGGAGAGUUGCGUGAGAAGGCGAAGCUGGGUGAUGGUCGUACGCUCCGUCAGAUGCGUGAAUGGCGAGAACUGCGUGACCGCUUUCCCCCGAAACCCAGGCCGGACCCGUAG